UCUCACUACAUAUGUAUGUACGAGUAUAUAUAAUGUUACUCUCUCGAAUUGACAAUGCAAUCAACAAACCGACUUCUCCUAACGAAUUAAAACGAACACUAGAAAUUGCGAGUAAAUACAAACAUCGCGUCGCUACACUUUGAGCUCAACGUUACCAAUGGACUUGUACAAGGUGAUUGCGGAGCGCAGUGAGUUCAGUUUCUUUUGAGUAUUUGAAGCGAUUGCUCGCUCAGUUUAUUUAUUUCGCACAUUGUAAUUGUUAUUGUGGUCUCGUUAGCGCCUCGUAAUGGAUUCAUUAGACGAUCAGAAGUUUAAUAUUCGUCUCGUGCAAACUAUAGAAAAAUAUCCAAUUAUAUAUAACACUAAAUUAAAAGGUUACAAAGAAACAAAUUGGCUUUAUCGUAAAAACAAAGCAUGGCAGGAUAUUGCAAAGGAGUUCAAUACCGAACCGGCACUAUUGAAGAAGAAAUGGAAAUGGUUUCGCCUUGCUUUAAGUAAGAAAUUAAGGACAAUGCAAAAGGGAAAUUAUGUUCGGCCAUAUUAUUUAUAUGAGCACUUAAAAUUUUUAAUACCGUAUAUGAAAAAUGUCAAAGAGCCUGUAGCGUUCAUGAAAAGGAUUAAGUACGAAGAAUCGGAUGAAGAACAGGAUAAGGGUGGUGAGAAUAGCCCCGAACAGAAUGUAGAUCAAAAUGAAACAGCUGAAGGAAUAUACGACAACGAAGGUGAUCCACUCAAUUGUGAUUAUGAUGAAGAUGACAUUUACUCACCAAAUACUGUUAAACGCGAUGUUCAUGUUUCCAUACCUGCCGACGGCCAAGCCAGAAAGAGCAACGCUGUUCAAAAUAGUACCAUUACCUGUACUCCGUCGAGGAGUCUUGCAUCAACUUCUACGGGAAAUGCGGAAUGUGGAGAGGUAGCGGCUAGUCGAAAGGCCAAAAUAGAAUUUUUGAACAGUAUUUUACCAGACCUAAAUGAAAUGUCUAACUCACAGAUGCGACUAUUCAAAAGCAGAGUUCUACAGUUGGUUGACAAAAUUUUGAGAGAAAAUAAAAACUAAAACCGUGACAAAAUGAAAUAAAUACAUAUAUAAA